AUGGAUCCUGAUUGGGAUGAAGUUUCCCGGCUAGCUGUUCCUCCUUCUGGUCCCCAUGUCCUACCGACUGUCGCCUCAACCAUUGCUUUCGAUGACACCCAGGAAUUGCUAUGGACGGGCAAUGAAUUCGGACGGGUGGCCUCCUUCUAUGGGCCUGAACUCCAGAGAUAUACGUCCGUUAGAGCCCACCCCGCAUCUGAGGGACCAGUCCGUCAGCUUCUAUUUCACCACAAAGGGGUGAUAUCGGUUUCUUCCAAAAGUGUGCAUUUCAUCUCCCGGCGCGGCCUGACAAUAUGGCAUAUUACUCACGAAGAAAUGGAAGAUCUCCGCUGCAUGAGUUUCACCCAGCAGUCUUCAAAAAUAAUCGUUGCUGGUUGCCAGCCAAUAAUGUUUCACAUUGACGUUGACAAAGGAACCAUCGUGGACAAAAUUACGACGGAAUUCCGCUAUACUAUAAUGAAGAAAAGCCGUUACUUGUGCGCUGCGACAGAUACUGGCUCUGUCAAUGCUCUAAGUUUGUCCGAUUUUAGCGUAGUGAAAAGCUGGAAGGCGCAUGGCACUGUUGUUAAUGAUAUGGAUGCUCGGAACGACUACCUUGUUACUUGCGGCUUUUCUGUACGGCAUCUCGGCUCACCGAUUGUCGACCCUUUGGCGAACGUUUAUGAUCUGAAGACCUUAACCCCUUUACCUCCAAUCCCUUUCCACGCCGGAGCCGCCUAUGUCCGAAUGCACCCAAAAUUACAGACAACAAGCUUUGUAGCCUCACAAACCGGCCAGCUCCAAGUAGUUGAUCUGAUGAAUCCCAACGCAAUUAAUUUACGACAGGCAAAUGUAACAUUUAUGCUUGGCCUUGAAAUCUCCCCUUCUGGGGAGGCUCUCGCUGUCAACGAUGCGGAAUGUUUAGUGCACCUCUGGGGUUCUCCCUCCAAGAUCCACUUUAACGAAAUGAGCAAAGAAUCCGAAUUUGCAGAUGUUCCUUCACGUCCUCCUUUAGUGGAUUGGUUGAACGAUACUCCUCUUAAUGUAAUCGGGAUGCCAUAUUACCAUGAACGGCUCCUUUCUGCUUGGCCCAGUCAUAUGGUUUUCGAGAUUGGAAGCAUCCCUCCACAAGUUGAUCAGGCUAUUACUCCAUACCUCCAUGCCGGCGAAAUUGGACACUAUGCCCCCAAUCCACGUAAGACACGGAGGUAUCAAGUUGAAAAUACACGUGCACAGCCGAUCCCCGAACCUGCAUUGGCCGCUCCGAAGUUCUUGAGCGAGCGAGCAAGGGCGCAAGCUAAAGCCAAGUUUAACAGUAACUUGGACGAAGCUGCAAAGAAUCUGGCAGAAGCAACUAUUACUCAAGACGCAGAAGAAGAUCCACUUUUGAAAUAUAGUAAUGUCGAGAUCAAAUAUAGCAAAUUUGGCGUCGACGAUUUUGAUUUUAGGUACUACAAUAAAACUGUAUUUUCAGGGUUGGAAACACAUAUAGCCAACUCUUUCACAAACUCCCUUCUCCAACUAUACAAAUUCGUUCCCUUGAUCCGGAAUCUGGCUCUCCACCAUGCAGCAACGAACUGCAUAUAUGACAAUUGUUUACUCUGCGAAAUGGGGUUUUUAUUCGAUAUGCUAGAUAAAGCAAAUGGGCAAAACUGCCAAGCAACAAACCUGUUAAAAACCUUUAGCGGUUUUCGAGAAGCAGCAAACCUCGGCCUUCUUGAAGAAAAUCUGACCGCCAAAUCUCUUUCGUUAUCUAUUCAGUCUGUCAAUCGAUUUUUUUUGAAUCAGAUCUCCCACGAUUUUCGAUUGAUGUUCCCACAUUCCGACCAGCUAGACCAUACACUAUCAACAGAUGCAGUUGAAUCAAUUCGCUGCAUGCUUUGUCGCAAUGAGACCAUACGACCUGGUAAUGCAUUUGUAAAUGAACUAAUCUAUCCUACAAUCGAUCUUAAGCAGUCGCGGCGCAGUUCCUCUUAUCGAUUUUCGAGUAUCCUCAAGUCUACAAUCGAACGUGAAACACAAAAUCGAGGCUGGUGCAGCCACUGCCGACGGUACCAGCAAGUAUCGAUACGUAAAACAGUGCAUAGGAUGCCGCUUGUGUUGAUGAUAAAUGCUGCCAUCAAUAACGCCAACAUCCGCCAAUUGUGGGGUACGCCUGGAUGGCUACCAGAAGAGGUUGGGAUCCUCCUUGAAGAUGGUCGUAUUCAAUGUUUCGAAGGCGAAGAGCUAAAAGCACGCCAAAGAAAUGACAUUCCUAACUUUACGGUCUAUGAGCUGGUAGGACUAGUUGCGGAAAUUGAUAUCCCCGACCAUCACAAGCCACAUUUGGUUUCUUUCAUCAACGUCGCCAUUUCCUCACGUGAUACGAGCGAAAUGGAUCGUUGGCAUCUUUUUAACGAUUUUCUGGUUACAGAGGUUAGUCGAGAUGAGGUGUUUGCAUUUGCUCAGACUUGGAAAACACCCUGUAGUUUGGCUUAUCAGGUGCAAACUGCUCGGCAUGGCGUGGACGAUUCCUGGAAAGACGAACUUGAUACCACUCUCCUAUUUUAUGAGUGGUCCAUGAACAAUUAUCGCCUAACUGAGGCAUGUCAAAUUCUCCAGGCAGACGAAAAGCCGUCUGCGCGAACCCCUGUCGCUUUGGAUACCGAGUUUGUUGACCUGGAAAAGGCAGAAAUUGAGGUCAAGGCAGACGGUACACAGGAAAUGGUUCGGCCGAGUAAAAGUGGACUUGCGCGAGUUUCUGUCAUCCGCGGCUCUGGCGCUGCCGAAGGAGUCCCUUUCAUCGAUGAUUAUAUUACCAUCAAGGACCCGAUCGUUGAUUAUGUUACACAAUAUUCAGGGAUCAAGCCUGGCGACUUAGAUCCCCGAACCAGCUCUCAUAACCUUGUUCCUUUAAAAGUGGCUUAUAAGAAGUUAUGGCUUCUUCUAAAUUUGGGUUGUGUCUUCGUUGGGCAUGGUCUGGCUUCGGAUUUCCGAAAGAUUAAUAUCCAGGUCCCCAAAUCACAAUCUGUGGAUACACAGUACCUCUUUUUCCAUCCAUCGAAAAACCGUCGCCUCAGUCUUCGCUACCUUGCUUGGGCUGUUUUUAAAGAAUACAUCCAGGAGGAAUCGACCAUAUCCACGACUUAUGCCACCUCUACCGACCCCGCUCAAGCUGCUUCUGAAGGUCAUGAUUCUAUCGAAGAUGCUCGCAUGGCCCUACGUCUUUGGAAGAAAUUCCAAGAAUAUGAAGAUGCGGGCAUUGUCUCGCAAAUGCUGGAAGAGAUAUUCCGCGAAGGCUUUAAACUGGGCUUCAAACCUCCUCCGCGGAAUUUUUCUAAUUCUCUUGCGUUAUCAGGGACUGCCAACUCACAUCUCCCUGUCAGCGGCCGCAAUACCCCAGAUUUAGGAAUAGUUGCUGGAACCCUGAGUUCCGGUGGAAGUAUGAACGGCAGUGCUCCAUCUACCCCCGGACAAGCCUUUAGAAGAUCGGUUGCCCUUACUCCAAGUAACGGUAGCUUUGCGGGAGGAGCCAGCAAGGUGCCAGACAUUUUCGGAGGCAGUCAUCUACGAUGA